UGUUUAGUUGCCAGUUGCGUUGCAUUGCGUGCGGUUGUGGUUCCAGUAACCGUACUUGAGUCGCCCUCACAUUGUUCGAGGAGUUCCUCCGACCCCAAGCUGUUCCCGAAUCGAACCUCAUCGCAAUGGAUACGCCCAAGGGAUCGGAUGCUGAGUUUAUCGUGAAAUACCGUCAGGAGUACUAUGAUCUGUCCGAGUUCAUGCACAAGCAUCCGGGUGGCAUCAACACUCUUAAAGGUCUCAAUCAGGCGGAUAUGACAGCACGUUUCAUGAAGGCCCCACCGCACUCGGAUGCGGCCAUGUAUCUGAUGAAGGAGUACAAAGUAAAAUCUGAGGACCCUCGUAUUCCCAUGACCAAACCUCGACAUCAGGCUCGAAGAAUAGACAAUGGCCAGGACUCACAGGAGCGGUCGAACGAGUCCGAUGACAAAAACAACAAUCAAUUGGAUGAGAGCAUGGAGCACCUGGUUGAUUGGUCAAAGGCCAUGCUGCCGCAAAUCGCCAACAUAACGAAAUGCUACGAUGAGUGGGUGCACAAGCCAGUAGACAGGCCACUGCGGCUCUUCGGCCCCUGGUAUUUGGAAAUGUUGACCAAGACGCCUUGGUGGCUGGUGCCCAUAUUCUGGAUUCCCGUCAUUAUACGGUGUGCGUGGGAGGACAUUCACACCAGUUGGAAUGACAAAAGUCAGCUUGCGUGUCUCACUGGCUACUUUUUGUUCGGCGUGCUCCUGUGGACAUUUCUGGAGUACACUCUACAUCGCUGGGUGUUUCAUAUUAAACUGAAGAGCAACAGUGGACCCUGGAUAUGCACUUUUCACUUCAUGAUCCAUGGGCUGCAUCAUAAAGUACCUUUCGAUCCCAUGCGCCUCGUGUUUCCCCCACUUCCGGGUGCCAUUCUUGCUACGCUUAUUUAUUACCCACUUAGUUAUUUUCUCAUCCAACCGCGAGUUGUCCUAUCAGGUGCUCUCGUCGGCUACCUGUGUUACGACAUGAUGCACUAUUACCUACAUUACGGCAAUCCAUCUUUUAGGCACAUUGUCCAUAUGAAACGAUAUCAUUACCAACACCAUUUUACGCACCAGGACCUGGGAUAUGGUAUCAGCAGUCCGCUGUGGGAUGUUGUCUUUAAGACGCGCAUUCAUUUGAGAAAGCUUAAGUACCAACUGCGUUGGUCUUAGCCAGAGCUUGGUUAGAGUUUGGUCAAAUAUUGCUAUUUUAGAACAAAACAAAUUAUUUAGAUGUAAGAAUAAGCCGUAAGUUGUUUAUAAAAGUGAAAGAAAGAAUGAA